GUCACUUCCUCUUCCUGUUAAAGGUCGCUUUGACCGGCGAAGCGUCCCCGGAGCUGUGACCUGCAGCCAUGUUGUCCCUAGCCGCCCGCUCUGGCGCUUUCUCACCGUACCUGUCCGCCACCUCUUAUGCUGUAGCCGGGCAGCUGAAGCCGCUGGUCUCCGGAGCUGUCCAGCACAGCGAUAAGGUCCUGCUAGAUGUGAAGAGGCCGUUCCUCAGCCGGGAGACCCUGAGCGGCCAAGCCGCCGGCGGACCCAUCACGGUCACAGCCGGUAUCAGUGCUCCUGCUACCAUUCGCUUCCUGCACAGCGAUGUCACUGUACCUGAAUUCUCAGACUACCGCCGCCCAGAAGUUACAGACAGCAGAAAACCCUCUCGCCCCAGCGAAGAUGCCAGGAAAGGCUUCUCCUACUUGGUCACUGGCAUUGCCACUGUAGCCACAGCCUAUGUGGCCAAAAAUGUAGUCUCUCAGUUUGUAUCCAGCAUGAGCGCCUCAGCCGAUGUGUUGGCCAUGUCUAAGAUUGAAGUCAAACUUUCUGACAUACCCGAAGGCAAGAACAUGUGCUUCAAGUGGAGAGGCAAACCCCUGUUCAUCCGCCACAGAACCCCCAAAGAAAUAGAGCAGGAGGCUCAGGUUGAAUUGAGCGAGUUGCGUGACCCUCAGCACGACCUUGACCGGGUGAAGAAACCAGAGUGGGCCAUCCUGAUCGGAGUCUGCACCCAUCUUGGUUGUGUGCCCAUUGCCAAUGCAGGAGACUUCGGAGGAUACUACUGUCCUUGCCAUGGCUCUCACUAUGAUGCCUCCGGUAGAAUUAGGAAGGGUCCUGCACCACUCAACCUUGAGGUUCCCUACUAUGAAUUCCCCUCUGAGGACCUUGUAAUAGUUGGUUGAACAUUUAGGUCACACUCGCUUCCAUGAGGGUUUCUGUAAUCUUAUAGGUGUUCCUGGCUCCUGAAUACAAUAUGUUUUCAUGCUUUUAAAAGAUCAGUGUCUGACAUUUUAAUAAAUCACCAAGUUUGAAGUGAAGGUCUUCUUCAUUUCCACUGUACAAAGUGAUUGUAAAGUUUCUUUCAGUUCUUUAAUAUAAUGUAAAGGAAACAUCUCUUGCACAGGAAGUAACAAGCUUUAAAUUAUGUAUAAAGCCAAUAUUAAAUUCUGCCUUUACAAGGAA